AUGGACAAAGUUGCCCUUAUCUCCACCUCUGGUAGCAAUUUGAAUAUAUAUGGUCUUUCAUCCCACUUGAUUGACUGGCCGGCCAUACUCUUGGGUGUUGAAGCAUCAUGGAUUAAUGUGACUAUAUGUUCUUUGUUUUGUGCGCCAGAUAUUGAUGAAUGUGUAGAUCCAAAUACCAAUUCGUGUGAAAAAAAUUGCAUAAAUAUGCCGGGGAGUUACAAUUGUACCUGUCCAAAAGGAUACACCGGUGAUGGCAGAAAGAAUGGUCGUGGCUGUAUUGCACCGAACUCGAACUCUGAAUUUCCAUGGAUCAAAUUUUCUGUAGGUAUGGGAGUUGGUUUUAUGUCCCUAGUAGUUGGGACAACUUGGCUCUAUUUCAGCAUCAAGAAAAGAAAACUCAUUAAACUUCGGGAAAAAUUCUUUCAACAAAAUGGUGGUUUUCUCUUGAAACAACGAAUAUCUUCUGACGAGGGUGGUGUGGAAACAACAAAAGUUUUUACAGCGGAAGAGUUGAAGAAGGCUACAAACAACUAUGCAAAUGAUAGAAUUCUUGGUCGUGGUGGAAAUGGCAUUGUCUACAAAGGUAUUCUAUCUGAUAAUCGCAUUGUUGCAAUUAAAAAAUCUAAGUUUGUGGACGAGGAUCAGGUUGAGCAGUUCAUUAAUGAGGUACUUAUUCUUACUCAAGUCAAUCACAGAAAUGUUGUGAGACUCUUUGGAUGUUGUUUGGAAGCUGAAGUUCCUUUACUAGUUUACGAAUACGUUUCUCAUGGAACUCUUUAUGAGCAUAUCCACAAUCAACAUGGAGCUCCUUGGUUAUCUUGGCAAAAUCGGCUAAGAGUUGCUACUGAGACAGCAAGUGCACUUGCUUACCUUCAUUCAUCUGCGGCAAUGCCAAUAAUUCACAGAGAUGUCAAGUCUGCUAAUUUAUUAUUGGAUGAUGUUUAUAUUGCGAAAGUGGCAGAUUUUGGAGCUUCAAGACUAAUCCCUCUUGAUCAAACGCAUCUUGCUACAUUGGUUCAAGGGACAUUAGGUUAUUUGGAUCCUGAAUAUUUCCGCACUAGUCAAUUGACUGAGAAAAGUGAUGUUUAUAGUUUUGGAGUAGUUCUUGCGGAACUUUUGACAGGAAUAAAACCUAUUUCUAGGGACAAAAAUAACGAGGACAAAAAUUUGGCAGAGUAUUUUGUUUUAUCCUUGAGAAAGAAUCAAUUGUUUCAAAUUCUUGAUCGCAGAGUGGUAAGAGAAGGAAGCCUGGAGCAACUCCAAAAGGUGGCUGAGUUAGUAAAGAGUUGUCUUAGUUUGCAUGGUGAAGAUAGGCCUACUAUGAAGGAAGUGGCGAUGGAACUUGAAAGUUUAAGAAAGUUCACCAAAAAUAACCCUUGGCCUAACGGACAUGGACAUGAAGAAAAUGAAGAUGAAAUUUCAGAUCUUUAUACAAUUCACUUUGACUCUAAUACAGGCGCCAACAACUUCUCUGGACAACAUAGUUCCAACUCCAACACGAAUAGUAGCAGUUUUUUCGAUCAAUAUAGUUUGGAUAGUUCUUCAGUGAUGUUUAACAAAAAUAUCCCACGGUGAUCUAAACCAGAAAGCUAAAAAAUAUGAUGAUUCAUGAAGAUUUUCUGCAGUUGUAUGUUCUUGCCUUCGCGUCUUUCUUUAAUAUUGAAUUUUCUGAUGUAUUUUGUUUGCUUUUUGAUUUGUAUUUUUCUCUUGAGAGUCAAAG